AUGUCUGGCGGAUGUUGCUGUGCUGUCACGUCAAUACACUCUCGGCCUCUCGAUCCCAGUGCCUUGUCUUCAAACCCUUUCCGGUUACGUCACUUGGACUUGACUGAUUGCCAGUUACUUGACGACAUUGGCUUGGAAAGAAUAGUGAGAUACUGUUCCCAACUUACCCAUCUGUACCUGAGGCGGUGCACAUUAAUCACAGACGAGGGGCUGAAAAGCGUGGCCAGUUAUUGUAUUGCGUUAAGAGAACUUAGUGUUAGUGAUUGUGUGCUGCUGACAGAUUUUGGACUUUAUGAACUAGCGAAGCUUGGCGCUAAUAUGCGGUAUUUAAGCGUGGCCAAAUGCGAUAGAAUAUCUGAUGCUGGAGUGAGACAGAUUGCGAGGCACUGCUAUAAACUGCGGUAUCUCAAUGUACGUGGCUGUGAGGCAGUUUCGGACGAUGCUUUGGAAGUCAUUGCAAGAAGCUGUCCGAGGCUGAGAGCCCUAGACAUCGGAAAAUGUGACAUAACAGAUAGGGGUUUAAAAAUCAUUUCCCAGCACUGUCCGAAUCUCAGGAAACUGAGCGUGAAGUCCUGUGAAAUGAUAACAGAUGAAGGCAUCCAAAUAAUAGCAUAUUACUGCCGCGGUUUGCAGCAGCUGAAUAUACAAGAUUGUCCAAUAACGUUAGACGGUUAUAGGACUGUAAAAAAAUUCUGUAAGCGUUGUAUUAUUGAGCAUACGAAUCCCGGAUUUAAUUGAUGAACUCGUAUGUCUUUUUUGUAACAAUCGGAUUAUUUAUUUUUCUAUGGAAUAUGCUCUCUCUUAAGAUAUGUAUGAAUUAUUUAUUGAGUAGUGUUUUGCAGUGACAUGUUGAAUGAAGUCGCGCCCAUUAACACACAUGUUUUACAACAUGGUACUGUAGAUUUAGACCUAUGAGUUACAGGGGUAAGCCGUUCAGUUUUUCCACAUACAAGACGACGCCUUGAUAUUUUAAAAUGAAGAACUGCCAAUUUUGUAUGCAGGAUUUUUUGUAUCUUUGCCCAGUUUCUGUCACCGCUGACAUUCGAAGCCAGUUUUUGAGCUUUGCACUCAGAAUCUGAGGGCGUUUCUGAAACUUAGGGCGUAAUUCCCAUUUUCCUUUUCAAACAGGUGUGGCCUUACAAUAAAUACAGCACACAGGUUUUUCCAGGUCUCUGAUAAAUGUUUAUCCUUCUAUGAAUAGAAGCUCUUAAGUUUCUGAAUUUUAUAUUUAUAUUCUAAAACAACUUAAUUUUUAUGCCAAAUUACUUCAAUAAAAAUUUUAGAAUUAAUCGAGAUUAAAAUCGUAAAAUGCUGAGAAUCGCAUGGGUUUUAGAAUAAGAAUGAGAAAUAUUUUAUUCAACUUGAAAUGGAUUUCUUUAUCAUGCAUUCAGGAAUUUCCGUUUCCAAAAUUGUGUACAUUCAAAUUUCUCUGCUCCACAUGUUGAAGUGACUGUUUAAAUCAUAAUCAUAAUCAUGUAUUUUCAUACUUAAAUAUUUUGUAUUAGGUUGUAAAAAUUAUACGCAUUGUUAUUUUUUUAUAUCAAUCAUAUAUUGCGUCUUUUUAAAACGCCUUGAAUAGUUUUCUUAAAUAUCACAGCAUAUUUAGUCUUUCUAUGCAGCAGUGAUAUUAUUGGCGAGAUUUUUAGCUUUUGUAGCUCAAUUUUGUACAACUAACUGAUAUAUUUCCUAAAUUCUACAGUGUAAAUCAGGUUUUGCAAAUCUUUCAGCAUUUUAGCAUUAAACGUAAAUAAUAAUUUUACCUGUUUCGGAAAAAACGAAUCAUAUUUAAUACAAUAAAUUUAAGAGGAAUUGCUCUUUAUUUACUGCAUUUGCUCUUUCUUCUUUUCGAUGUCCAGAAUUUGUCAAGAUUUAUUUUUGAAAAGUUUUCUUUCAUUCACAGAAUCAAAAUCAAAUGCUCAAAAUGUUACACACCCAGAACUGGAAUAAAUGGAAGUAGUUACAAAUAUGUUGUACCAGAAUUUUUUUUUUUUUUUUUUUUUUUUUUUUUUUUUUUUUUUUUAUGCUGACAUGUAAAAUUUGGUUUUGGUAAAAAGUUUUCACUCAUUCAAAUGCUCAAAAUCAAAUGUUCAAAAUGUCAUACACCCAUAAAUUGAGCAAGUGAAAGUAAUUAUAAAUAAAGUGUCCCUAGAAAAAAAUUACAUUUAUGCAAAUUCUUACGGAUUCUCAUUUUAUAACAAUAUCUUAAAUUAGAGAUUUAUUGUUUGUAUACAGUUACGUUUCUUAUUUAGAAGGUGGUUAGUUAUUGUAGUGUCUAGAAUUUGUUUUCACGUGUAAAUUUAUAAUUCAACUGAAAAUUGAAUAUAUAAUCCGUUAAGAAUCAGCAAUAAUGUGUUAACACUCUUACUUCUACUUGCAAUUCAUACAAAACAAAAUUCAGUGCAUUUUUGGAACAUGAAAUUAAUCCAUACAUUAAAUUUAAAUAUAGAGCUAGUUGAAUACUAUUUGCUUAAUAAAGUGAAAUUGAAAAGCAUUUGUUCCAUCUAAUUUCCUUUAAAAACAAAUUAAAAUUUUCCUUCAAAACAUCACUUUAAAACAGUUGUUAACAGUCUGUGAAGCAUUAAAAGAAUUUGGUUUCUCAAUAAUAUCAGUCAGGUUUUUUUUUCUCUUCUCUCUGCAGGUAAGUACUCUCGUAUAUGAUUUAUACAGUUUAAAUGAAGACAAACAAUACCAAAUCAUAAGCAGUUUGUACAAUGUAAAAAGAAAUCAAUUUUGUACAACUAACUGAUACAAGUUUUAUUGAAUUUUUAUUGAAGAAAGCUUUCCUAGAUGUAGUAGGCUCCAGUCAUAACAAGAAAGCUUUUGGAGUUUUGAAGUUGAUAGCGCAAGAGGAUGUCUAAUAAAAUAGCUACAAAAAUGAGUUCCGAAAAUUAUACAAUUUAAUUAUGAAAAUAAAUCUGUGAUCUUUUCUGCCCAAGAUCCAUCUGAUGCUUAACAUAUUAAGUACUUUUCUGAAUUGUUCAAAGUUUGACCACGUAAGCUUUGUGUGCUUUACAAACUUUCGUUUUAAACUCGGCAUCAACGCUCAACUUAAUGCGUUGACAGUUUUAGAAACUGCGUAUCGAAGUCAGCCCUUGAGAUCAUUUGACUACAAAAUACGGGGACUGAGACGUAUCAGACGCAUUGUAUUGGAUAUGCUGUAAAUCAAAACGCAGUGUGUAUUGAAUAUGUUGUAAAUGAAAAUAUAAUUAUUGCAUGAGUUGCAAUUAUUUUGAAAUAAAUUGUUAUGUUAUUAUCUAUUAAAAUCUUCUUGCUUAUAAAUUAUUUUUCUUUGUUCAUAUUUAACUUCAAAUAAAACUGUACAUGCUGUACAAUAUGUCGAAAUAUUUAUUCGUAUUUUAAACGCAGGAUGUUUAAAAUAACUAUGUUUGUUUUAAGAUCAUUUUAAAUUAUUUGUGUCUAAUAUUCUACUGAAGCCGUGCGAAAGACUUAUUGUAUUUGUAAUAUAUUGGUUUACUUUGUAUCUUAUAUGAUUUGUAAAGGCCAAAUUGUUUUUCUUGCAAAGAAUUUCUUUAAAAUAUUGUUAGGUUUUAAAUCAUAUAGAACUAGUUUUGAUGAAUUCUAGGAAUUUCUCUUGCCCAAAGAAUUUAAACAAACAAUGUAUUUAUGAAUUUGUAAAUAAAAUUGUAACUAUUACGGUGGGCUUGCAUAGCUUUUGAAACGGUUUUGUACACAAACUAUGUUAAGCAGUUCAAUAAAAUGGGAAAAAGUUA